AUGAACUCGCUUGUUUGGAAAAACAAGUUUAAGAGUGCUGAUGAUGCAUUACUUGGCAUAAGUAUAGAAAGAAACGAGACACUUGGCUUCAAUAUGCAUCUUAAAAACUCAUGUAGAGAUGUGAAUUCACUUGCUGUAGCUGGAUUCUGCUACGAGUUCGGAAUAGGAACAUUACCGAACAUGAAAACAGCAGAGAUGAUGUAUGCAAAGGCUGCGUUGAGCAACAACGGACUUGCAUUGAUAAGGCUGAGCUUCAUACGAAGAUUCGGUAGACCAACUGCAGUAAUAGAUUGGCAAGCUGCAAAAAAGUAUGGUGAUAAAUUAAGCGAAAUAGGUAAAAAAUCCACAGAUUGGUUAUUCCAUGCGAGCAAGUACGGGUGCUCACAUGCCAAGUAUUGCUUAGGUGUAUGCUAUCAGGAGGGAUAUGGACUUCCUGUGGACUCACUUCUUGCAAUCAAAUACUACAGUGAAAGCGCAUAUGAAAAAAACAUAAACUCAAUAGGUGCCCUAGGAUACUGCUUUCUCAAAGGCAUUGGAGUAGACAGCGAUCAAGAAAUUGCAAUUGAGCUUUUUAGAUAUGCAUCCGAAUUCAAAGAUCCAACAGCAUUAUACAACCUUGGAUACUGCUAUGAAGAAGGUAAAGGCACAGAAAAAAACAUAGUCAAGGCAUUCGAGAUGUACAGAGUCUCUUCAGAAAUGGAAAAUUCAUAUGCACUAAAUGCACUUGCAAACUGCUAUGAAGAUGGAAAAGGUGUUGACAAGGACCACCAAAGAGCGUUUGAAUUAUACAAGAAAAGCGCAUUACAAGGAUAUCCUUCGGCUCAAUGCAAUCUUGCAUUUUGCUAUCAAAAAGGAAUUGGCGUUGCUAAAAACAUGGCAAAGGCAUUUCAAUGGUAUAACUGUGCAGCCAGACAGGGAUUGGCCAGGGCAAAACACAACAUUGGAUAUUGCUAUCAAAAUGGACUUGGAACAUCAGUGUGUAUGGAGCAGGCUGCCCGCUGGUACAAAGAGUCUGCAGCAGAAAAUAACAAAUACUCAAUCCAUGCACUCGGUGUUUGCUACCAGAACGGAUACGGCGUUCCUAGAAAUCCAGAAAUAGCCGUUAUGUGCUUUCAGCAAGGUGUAAAUUUAAAUUUUGAUGAGGCAUUGGUGAGUCUUGCACUAUGCUACAGGUCUGGAAUAGGCAUUGAUUCAUCAUCUGAAAUGUCAUUCAAACUCAUGAAGAGAGCUGCAGAGAUGGAAAACUCUUCAGCUCAAAACACACUCGGUUAUUACUACGAAAAAGGAUAUGGAACAAAGAAAGACAUCCAUAUGGCCAAGAAGUGGUAUGAGGCUAGCUCAAAGAAAGACAACCACUUGGCAUUAUUCAAUUUAAGCUCUUUGCAUUUCAAUGGAGAUGGAAUUCCGAUUAACAGGGACCUGGGCGUAAGAUUGCUUGCAAAAGCAAAGGAGCUGGGAAAUCCAAGAGCAAUCGAUGCAAUGGGCUACUGCUUUGAGAAAGGAAUCAUUGUUGAGAAAAAUCCUAGGCUUGCCUUCGAGCACUAUAAUCAGGCAUUGGUAAAUGGACACCUGAGAUCAAAUUACAACAUUGGCAGGUGCUAUGAGAAAGGAAUAGGCGUGACUGUAGACAUUGACAAGGCAAUGUUCCAUUUCUACAAAGCAUCAUCAAUGGGAGAUGAAGAUUCCACUCUAAAGCUCAGAGCAUUCCUGUCAUCUCUGGUAAGACCCAACCAUUUAACAAUCCCUCCAUACGCCUAA